CAACAACAGUCACGUGACACGCGGAAGGUUGCAUAAAUCAGGAUGACAGCGCUGUAACUCCCGUCAAACAGCGACGGUAACGGUUAGCCAGUCCGAGAUGUGGUCGUGGAUCGCGGCGCUGCUGGCGGGGGUCCUCUCCGCGCUCCUCGCGCAGCGCCUCUGGUUCCCGCUCUUCUGGAGAGACGCGCUGUUUCUGACGCGAGUCCUCCGCUACGGAGCGCGUCUGGAGCUCUACAAGCGGACCUCGCGGGUCGUGACGGUCGUGGACAGGUUUGUUCAGCAAGCCCAGCGGAUCCCCGACAAACCCUUUCUGAUUCACGAGGGAGUGACGUACACGUACGGAGAGCUCGAGGAGCGCAGCAACAGAGUCGCGCGCGUGUUCGAGGACGCGCUGAAGGAGGGAGACACGGUGGCGCUCCUGAUGAACAACGAGCCCGACUUCCUGUCAGUGUGGUUCGGCUUGAGUAAGUUGGGCUGCGCGGUGGCGUUCCUCAACACGAACACCAGGUCCAGAUCCCUGCUGCACUGCUUCCGCUGCUGCGGGGCCGAGCUGCUGGUGCUGGGAGCAGACCUGCUGGAGACGCUGGAGGACGUUCUGCCCAGUCUGCAGCAGGACGGGAUCAGUGUGUGGUGUGUGAGCAGGGACAGUCCUCGUCCUGGAGUGAGCAGUCUGCUGGAUCAGAUGGAGAAGGUCUCGCCGGAGCCCGUCCCAGCCCAGCGCCGCUCCGUCCGCUGCCUCCGGACCACCACGCUCUACAUCUUCACCUCGGGGACCACCGGGCUGCCCAAAGCUGCGGUCAUCACACAUCUACAGGCUCUGAAGGCAGCAGGAGGGUUCUGGGUGUACGGAGCCACAGGAAGUGAUGUCAUCUACACGCCGCUUCCCCUGUAUCACAGCGCUGCUUCACUUGUAGGCAUCGGAGGAACCAUUGAACUGGGUGCCACCUGUGUCCUGAAGAAGAAGUUCUCCGCCUCUCAGUUCUGGCCGGACUGCAGGAAACACAACGUCACCAUAUUUCAGUACAUCGGAGAGCUGUGCCGAUAUCUGUGCAACCAGCCCAGGGGCGAGCAGGAGCAGGAUCACAGCGUGCACAUGGCUGUUGGGAACGGUCUCCGUCAGGACGUAUGGAGGGAGUUCCUCCGGCGCUUCGGGGACAUCCGCAUGUGUGAGAUCUACGGCUCCACUGAGGGAAACCUGUGCUUCAUGAACCACAUCGGCAGGAUCGGAGCCGUCGGACGCUCCAACUUCUUCUACAAGCUGAUUUUCAAGUAUGAUCUGGUGAAGUAUGACCUGGUCAGAGAAGAGCCUGUGAGGGACCACAGUGGAUUCUGCCAGCAUGUUCAGAAAGGUGAAACAGGCCUGCUGCUGUCUCAGAUCUGCAGUCAGAGUCCGUUCUUCGGUUACGCUGGCAGCAAACAGCUGACGGAGAAGAAGAUCCUGAGAGACGUGUUUGUGAAAGGAGACGCUUACUUCAACACUGGAGACCUGAUGGCUGAGGACGAGGACCACUUCAUCUGCUUCAAAGACCGAGUGGGAGACACCUUCAGAUGGAAGGGGGAGAAUGUGGCCACCACUGAGGUGACGGAGGUCCUGGGACUGGUGGACUUCAUUCAGGAAGCCAGUGUGUAUGGAGUCCAGGUGCCAGGAAAUGAGGGCCGAGCCGGAAUGGCUGCAGUGAUUGUGAGGCCUGAGUGCAGCUUUGAUGGGAGGAAACUGUUCAGCCACGUCCUCCGAGAACUGCCACCAUACGCUCGACCGCUCUUCAUCAGACUGCAGGAGGCUCUGGAGAUGACCAGCACCUUCAAGCAGCAGAAGUUUGCUCUGGUGGAGAGCGGGUUCGAUCCCUGCAGCAUCAGAGAGCCGCUCUUCUUCCUGGACUACACCCAGAAGAGCUACGUUCCCCUGACCAGCUCCAUGUAUGACCUCAUCGUGAGCGGUCACCAGAAGGUCUAGUCCAGAACUUAGAGAAGUGAUGUAGCUGUCACACACUGAAGGACACGCUGUAUAUUUGAUCAGAGUCAGCUGUGAAUUAUUGAUCAGGUACGUCUUUCAGAGCUGCAGACCAUGUCCUUUAGUGAAUCCAGAGUUAGUGCACACGAGAGAGGGGAAUGUGAUCUGCUGGAGAGGGAUUUAUGAGGGUGAAGGAAACCGUCUGUACAGACACAUCUGCUCUGUUUUAAACUCUUGUUGCUCCGGUGCCCCUGCUUUAACUUCCUGUAACACAACUCAAUGAGUAAACUGAGGAAGCACAUUCAGACCAAUCCAGACUGGUGAUCAUGGAAGAUCUUCUGCUGAUGGAUGGAGCCAGUCUCUGUUCAGACAUCACACCUGAGUGUUUGUGUGGAUCUGAACGAUUUCAAUCUGUGUCUUAAACCCUCGGUCUCGUUAGAAUGGUGUAAUACACACACACACACGUGCACUUUGAUUAUCUGGCGUCUGACUGUGACUCAAACUGCAUCUUUUGCUUUAGUUCUGAAAAUCAUAGAAAGUGAAGGCUUGCUUACUUUGACCUUUGGUUGAUUAUUUAUUUUUUUAGCACUAUUGAGAUUCACUGUGAAUUUAAAACUUCACUUUUUCAUUUAAGCAAGUGAAAAAUGAUUAGUUUUUAUUAUUAUUAUUAUUAUGUACCUAAUGAUGUAAUAAUAAACGAGAGGUUUGUUUUCACGAUGUUUGUAUGGAGUGAAGCAUGUAAUAUCCUGGACGGACAGACGUGUGACGCUUUCUUCAGGUCCUGAGGAUAAAACACAUCAUAACCUCGGUGUCUGUAACUAACAACGACUCUCUGUUUGAUAGAUCUUCAUAAUAAAAUUGAUAAUAAUGUA